AUGCUGAAUGUACCGGGAGCGAUGGGUGGAAGCCUGGAAGAAGUUAUUCGAGCGUUACCAAGUCCUGAUAUCGAUGAAUGUGAGACGGGUGUCGCACAAUGUCCGAAACAUUCUACAUGCGUCAAUCUACCGGGGACAUAUUUCUGUAACUGCACUGAGGGAUUUCAACCAUUGGGCAUUCCGGUUGAACGUUGUGCUGUUAGCACUCGUCGUUUUUUCAUGUACACGUAUCGCACGUUUAUUGUGACCGUUCAAGGAGUUAUUUUCUUUUUUAUGAGUGCCAUUUGUUGGCAUUUGGCGAUUACCGUAAAGCGAAAAACAUCCUAUGUUUAUCCAAAUUCACCUUUGUCACAACAGAGAUUCGGCGCCACCAGUCAUUAG